GUCCCCCCCCACACACUAUGCCUGACGCAGCUCAGGACAGAGCCCGGCAGCCCUGGGUGCGACGGGGGACCCUGCCCCAGAGAGAGGGAGACAGAAGCUGCCUGGCUUCCAAGCAGAAGCGUCCCCAGGAGGGCGUGAGAGGCAGGCAGGGCCCAGUUUGCUUGCCAGUCCCUGGGGAAAUCCAUCGCAUGGGUGUAACUGCAACUUGCUGCACCGGCCGGCCUAUAAAGUGAACUCUCUCCGACUGACAACGUGCCAGGAGCCUGAGCUGGCAACAGGCUCAAGACAGCCCGUCGGCUCCCGUCAACGUCACCGUCAAACAUCUGAAGGCCAACUCGGCCGUCGUGACCUGGGAUGUGCUGGAGGAUGAAGUGGUUAUUGGAUUUGCCAUCUCCCAGCAGAAGAAGGACGUGCGGAUGCUGCGCUUCAUCCAAGAGGUGAACACCACCACCCGCUCAUGCGCCCUCUGGGACCUGGAGGAGGACACGGAGUACAUCGUGCAUGUCCAGUCCAUCAGCAUCCAGGGCCAGAGCCCGGCCAGCGAACCGGUCCUCUUCAAGACCCCCCGGGAAGCUGAGAAGCUGGCCUCAAAAAAUAAAGAUGAGGUGACAAUGAAGGAGAUGGGGAAAAACCAGCAGUUGCGAGCUGGGGAAAUUCUCAUCAUUGUCGUGGUGUUGUUCAUGUGGGCAGGAGUGAUCGCCCUGUUUUGCAGGCAGUAUGACAUCAUCAAAGAUAACGAACCAAAUAACAACAAGGAGAAAGCCAAGAGCCCGUCAGAGAGCAGCACGCCUGAGCACCAGGGCGGAGGGCUGCUGCGCAGUAAGCCCCUCUGAGGUACGCUAUUAACUGCAGUAAUGCUGAAGAAUGAGAUCUUUUAUCAGUCAGGCUGCCUGUGAACCUGGAAUCUUUAGAACACGCAGAGCUGCCCUCCAGCAGCACCGCUGCAUGUGGGAGAAACAGGAAGAUCAUAUAGCACAGAUUCAGAAGGAAGCUCCCCCACUUCCACCUACUCUUCUCCAGCCCGCCCUAGACACAGCACAUGUUGUACCGACACCACGUCCUCUCCCGCGAAAGACCUUACUAUGUGUUCCUCGUUCAGAGCCGUUUCAUUGUCUCAGCAUGGCUACCUGGUACUAGAGUCACUCGUGUAGGAAAAGGCUAAUCGAAAUAGUCUCCUGACUGCCGUGUAUAGUUUAAUAGCUGCUUUCUAAGACACACAUAAAAGCCAAGAGGACUAGUAUGAAAAAUCUUGUUCGACAUCUUUAUGCAUAAAGGAGCACAACAGCGAAGCAUCCACAGUCGCACCGAACUGCUUGCUCGUGUCCUUCCCUCCCUCUGCCCCAGCUCUGACGUGACACGUGGCUGAUUGUUAGUGACCCUCAAUAGCCUAGUUGCUCUCAUCUCGGUCAGACUCCAACAUCAGCCAAUCCAGUGAUACUUCUCAGGCUUUGGAGGAAAGGCUCAUCAGCAGCGGGGCCUUUGCAAGGGGAAUGAACUCUGCAAUGUAACUCAUACGGCGAUGGACACGACUUCCUCUCGCUUUGCUUUCCAAACAGCCUAGGAAACGAUGAAUCCAAGAGAGCCCCUGCCCCUUCCUUAUUAGACAAGCAAUAGGAGCAGGUAAGCUCUAGAGACAAAAUCUUCAGCGCAGGGAUCUAUCUUUUAGGGACGCACACAAAUAACUCCCUGUCGAGAUGUACAGCCAAAUAAAUACCUGAGAUUCAUCGGCUUACACGACAACAGCCACUCUAAGAAUGGUGCUAACAAUCUCACCAUCCCAAUCAAUAGCUGCCAAGUGAUAUUAUUUUCCCAUUCUAUGCACGGCUCCCAACAAGUAAGAUCUAGAGUGGUAAAACCACAAGAGAUGUUCUAUUGGUUUGGGGACAUUUCUGAUUGAGAUUUUUCUAAAAGAUUCAUGUUUCAGCUGUUGACAUAGCCUUAAAAAUUGGGUGCACUCCCACCUCAGCAUUUACAGACUAAUGGCAAAUUGACACACCUAUACAACAGCCUUCCUAGGACUCCACAGUGGCUGGAAAAAUGUUUUCUUUAAUUAACAAAUGCAGUAUAUCAAGACGAUGUCUGAACUACAGCCCGGAUCAAUGCUCAGAUUGAUCCACCCGGCGGUCAAUUUAGUGGGUCUAGUUAAGACCCACCAAAUUGACUGCAGAUUAUGCUGCAGUCAACCCUUCUACUCAAGAGUAAGGGCAUGUCUUCACCACAGACUGGAUCGACCAGCAGCAACAGAUAUGCUAAAUCUACCGCAAGUGCUCUCCCAUCAACUCCUGUAUUCUCUCAGAAGCAGAGUAAGUGCAGUCAACAGGAGAGCAUCAGCGGUCGACUUAAUCGUGGUGUCUUCACCGCAGUAACAGACCUAAGUACAAUGACUCCAGCUAUGUUAUUCACAUAGUUGGAAUGGUGUAGCUUAGAUCGACUUUCUGUAGAUCAACUUUCUGCAGUAGUCAGAGCAGGGGCUAGGAGUCAGGCAAAGCCAGAUUCUAUUUCUAGCUCCACUGCAGGACUCUGGGCAAAUUAUUUAACCUCUCUGUGCCACAGACACUGCAGUUACAAAAUGAUGCUUACUAAGGUGAGUAAACUGUUAAGCCUCUACAGAUCCAGAAUCGAAAGGUGCUACAUCAGGGCAAAAUAGAGUACACGUUCACACUGAAAAAGAAAACCCAGGCACAGUGCUAUUUUUUAAAAGUCAAAUUAGCCAAAGCUGCCAUGAGAAUAUCUGAUAAAAGGAGAGACCGUGUGAAAUUUGCCAAAUGUUUCUGAUUUAUUCAAUGCUUUGCUCUUGUCAUUUUCCCUGUCAGCUGCCAGAGAAAAUCAGGGCGUGAAGUUGACUCUAUGUUGCUAUUACUUCAUGUACUGUACUCAAGAAUUAUUUGUCACCCACUGCUGAUGGACUGCUUUGCCAAUGCUUUCAAUAGAGCAUUUUAGUGAAACAGAUUUACAGCACGUGCUUAGUGAUACUUUAACACAGGAAAAAAGAACGACUAACUAGGGAUGUGAAAGGUUAACCAGUAACCAUCACCCUUAACAGGUGAUGCUUACCACCCUUAACGGGUGGGCUUGGGCUCUCCGCGGACAAAUCCAGGCUGGAACAGUUUUGCUCUAGUCCCCCUGGGCUUUAAUCAGUUAACUGGUUAAACAUAUUUAACCGGUUAACCAAUUAAAUGGGAUUUUACAUCCCUAACUGUCACACAUAAAAAUACCGGCGACUACACGGAUCCUUUUCUCAUUUAAAAUGUUUGAAUUCAUUCUAGUUUUCAGUUAAACCUGCCUGACGCAAACACUUAUGGCUGGACAAAAAUUGGUUAAGGGAUGUGGAACAGAAGCGGACCCUUGUAUAUUUGAGGCGGUCGCUUCAGGCAGGUCUCCACUAGGGGCUGGAUCAGGUAGUGCUUGAUCCAGCAGGGUCAAUUUAUUGCAUCUAGUGUAGACAUGAUCACUCUCCUGUCGACUCUGCCACUCCACCAGAACGAGAAGAGCUUUUUUUCCAGUUGGCCCAGUGUGGUGUGGACCCCGCAGUAAGUAGAAUUUAUCUAUGUCAAUCGGAGUUAUAUUACUAAUGUUUAGACCCAGCUGUCCCCAUGGUGUACAUUUGCCCUUCCGUUAGGAGUUUUUAUAACAGGAUAAUCUCCCACCCACCCACCAAUAAAAAGUUGGUUUAGAGGGGUGAGUAACUAGCAAGAACAAGAAGAGCAAACACAGCUGGAGGUUUAAUGUAAGAAUGUAACCAGUUAACUGAUCAGCUGAUGCUUAUCGGUUCAACUCCCAUGGCUGCUAGCAGCCAGCUGAGCCAGGAGCCCGUGAGGCGGGGGGAGGGCAGGUGGCGGGGGGACGGCAGGUGCCAGCAGCCCGCAGGGCUGGCGGUGGGUUCAAAAUAUUGGUGUUUAAGUGGGUAGCCGAGUAAACUGGGAUCGGCUACAGUUAGUAUUUUUAACAUCCCUAGUUUAAAGGCAACCCUGUAGGCGUUUGAGGCUAUGGCGUCCACGGAGAGAUGAACCAUGCAGUCACGGAGUUGCUCCUUCUCAGGGAAGUUGAUUUUAGUUGCAAGAGAGCUCAUUCCCCGCUGCCUCCUGGAGGAGCUCCGGUGAAGCUGCCACAGCUGCAGAGAUCUGGGAUGUGCCUCGUCACAACGGGAUUCCCACAGGCGUACUUACCACCGCGCCAACCGAUGCAUUAUGGAACAACUCCCAUUACUCAGUCCACAGCUACUCGUGGACAGGUCUGUGGAAGCACAGCGAAGACAAGCAGUGCUAAGCUCAGCAAGGGCCUCUCCUUUCACCCAGCAUGUUGUACUAAAACCCCAAAGGCGGCAAUAUGAAGUCCCUCCCCUGAGGCACAGAGAGCAGCUUGCACUGGCUGGUUGAGCUUUUUCAAGUCCUUGACGUCAUUUGUAUGAGACACACGUCCCGUUAACUUUCCAGAAGUGACUAUGGAAAUAAUACAUGUAUUCCGUUCAAUAAAGGACCUUCAUUUUUCA